AUGGAAAUUGUGUUAAAUAUUCUUUUAUACAAUCAAAAAAAUAUUCUAAUAAUAGUUUAUGUUCCUGGUAAAAAAUAUAGUGAGAUUGUAUUUCCCAUCCUUUCACCAAAUCCCGCUACUAAUAAAGCAGCUCACUUCUUGAAAUAUCCCCUAUACGUAGGUGGUAAUAGAGGAAGACGACAAAUUUAUCCCGAUGGGAGCAAAAGAAACAAUACAGUCUAUAACGCUUCAGCAACGGGUAAAGUAAGUAAAAUUACACGUAAAGAAAAGGGUGGAUAUCAAGUAACUAUUGAUAAUCCAUCAGACGGUCGACAAGUGGUUGACUUUGUACCUCUAGUACCGAAACUUCUUGUUUUAGAGGGCAAAUUCAUCAAGGCAGAUCAGUCAUUAAUGAAUAACCCUAAUGUGGGUGGAUUUGGUCAAGAAAAUGCAAAAAUAGUACUUCAAGAUCCUUUACGUGUUCAAGGUAUUUUAUUAUUCUUAGCAUCUAUCAUUUUAGCACAAAUAUUUCUGGUUCUUAAGAAGAAACAAUUUGAGAAAGUUCAAUUAGUCGAAAUGAAUUUUUAG